AUGAGAAAUUUCAAUCUUCCUGCUAAUGCUAAUUUACUCAUAUCAACUGUACCACUUCAUCAUGACCCUGAUAUAUGGGGACAAGAAUUUCAUCUUUUCAAACCAGAGCGAUUUUCUGAAGGGGUUGCAAAAGCUACUAAGGACAAUAUGGCUGCUUUUCUUCCCUUUGGAAUGGGACCUCGAACUUGUGCAGGGGUUAACUUUGCCAGUAUCGAAGCAAAGAUUGCUCUGACAAUGAUUAUGCAACGAUAUAGCUUCACAUUGUCCCCAGCCUAUGUCCAUUCACUAGUUAACAUUCCCACAAAUAGCCUGCAACAUGGUGUUCAAGGUAAUUAUUAUUGUUCUCGUCAUUACUAUUUUUAUAAUUUUCCACGCCAUCCUCAAUAUCCUCCUCCUUAUUAUUUUCCACCUUGCCCUCAUUACCCGCCCUCUCCUCUUCCUCAUCCUUCUCCUCCUACCCUGCCACCCCCUCAUCCUUCUCCUUCUCCUCCUACACCGCCGUCUUCUCAUCCUACUCCCACAACGCCGCCUUCUCCUCCACCCCCUUCCCAUCCUCAUCCUUCUCCUCCUACACCGCCCUCCUCUCAUCCUACUCCCACAACGCCGCCUUCUCCUCCACCCCCUUCCCAUCAUCAUCCUUCUCCUCCUACACCGCCAUCUUCUCAUCCUACUCCUACAACACCGCCCUCUUCUCGUCCUACUCCCACACCACCGCCUUCUCCUACUACCCCGCCCUCUUCUCAUCCACCUCCCACAACGUCGCCUUCUCCUCCUACACCUACACCGCCGUCUUCUCAUCCUAAUCCUACAACACCGCCUUCUCCUACUGCACCGCCGCCAAGUAAGAGUAACUGUAGUGAGAUAAUGCAACGUCUUAAUCCAUGCAUUAACGAGAUGAUAGCGUACAAUAAUCGAGGGUCCGGUCAAAUAAGCUCGAUAUGUUGCGACAUUAUUUUGCAGGCUUCUGAUUCAUGCAACACUGCUAAUGGUUCGUAUUCAUGGUCCGUCUCCAUUUCUGGACCUGCCUUGGAUUACUGCAGGAAUCAUCACUAG